AAGAGGCCCGCCACCAAUGCUACCCCAGAGGACCUCGCCUGAUAACACCAUUUUCCGGUGGCUCCUCCUCCUCUCACUCUCCGGGAUCUCAUUUUCCAUCCAAUUUCGUGAAGCCCCACAGUUCUACAACUCGCCGGAAUGCCCUUCUCCAGCCACCGCGAACUGGCUCUGCAACCCCAACAUAACCCACAUCGCCAUGACCCUCGACAAAGUCUACCUCAGAGGCACCAUGGCUGCCAUUUUAUCGAUAGUCCUGCACUCUUCCUGCCCUGAAAAUAUCGCAUUCCACUUCAUUGCAUCUUCCUCGGACUCCGCCUCUCUCCGGCAGUCCAUCUCAUCUUCGUUCCCAUACCUCCGCUUCUCCGUCUACGAUUUUGACGAUUCGCUGGUUGAGUCUAAGAUCUCCACAUCCAUCCGGGCCGCUCUCGACCGCCCCCUGAACUACGCUCGAACAUAUUUGGCUCAAAUUCUACCGGAGUGCGUGACCCGAGUCGUGUACCUGGACUCAGACUUGGUGGUCGUCGACGACAUUACCCUGCUCUCCUCGAUUAAUCUCGGCGAAGAGUCGGUCCUGGGUGCGCCCGAGUACUGCAACGCGAACUUCACCGCAUACUUCACCAUGAAUUUCUGGGCAAACCCGACGCUCUCGCUCACAUUCGCCGGCCGGAAGGCGUGCUACUUCAACACGGGCGUGAUGGUCAUAGACUUAGAGAGAUGGAGGCGAGGAGGUUACACAGAGAGGAUCGAGGAGUGGAUGGAGUUGCAGAAGAGGAUGCGGAUUUACGAGCUGGGAUCGCUGCCGCCAUUUCUGCUAGUUUUCGCGGGGAAAAUUGUGCGGGUUGAGCACAGGUGGAACCAGCAUGGGCUGGGGGGCGACAAUUUGAGGGGUUUGUGCAGGGAUUUGCACCCCGGGAAGGUGAGUUUGCUGCAUUGGAGUGGGAAGGGGAAGCCAUGGGCGAGGCUCGACGCGGGUCGGCCCUGCCCUCUCGAUGCGCUAUGGGCGCCUUAUGACUUGUAUCAGACGCCCUUCUCUCUCGAGGCAUGACCCCUCUAAUCUCGUUCUCUCUCUCUCUCUCUCUUCGGUGAUCUCUCUUUCUCACUCUAACUCUCUUGCUUCGAUUUUGUUAAUAAUACUCUCUCUUCUUUCUGUUCUCUCUCUCACCCACUCCUUGUUUUCUUUGUCAGCGCUCUCUCUUUUAUUUCUUCUCUUUCAUUCCUGGUUUCUUUUGUCAAUUCUCUCUCUCUUCACUACUUUUUUUUGUCACUCUUACUGUUUGUGAUCUUGUCAAUAUCCUUUUUCUCUCUCUCCCUCAUUUAUUUUCUCUCGCUCGCUCCUUGUUUCUCUGUCAAUUCUCUCUCCUCUCUUUCAUCUUCUGUUUGCUGUGAUCUCUCUUCCCCUCUCUCGUAUUUGGAGCUCACUUCAUAUUUCAAUACUAUUAAGCAGCCACCUUUGCUGUUUUCUGUUUUCUAUGCUCUUUCUCUCCCCCUUUUCCUGUUUCUUCGUCAAUGUCCUCUCUCCUUUCCUUCCCCCCCUCUUAUUUACUCUCUCUCUCUCUCUCUCUCUCUCUCUCUCUCUCUCUCUUGUUUCAUAUGAUCUUUCGUCUCUCAAUGAAUCCUUCAUCUGCUCUUUCUCUAAGUUUCUACCCCUCCUCUCUCUCUCUCUCUCCCUAGGUUUUUUGUUGUUAUAUGACAAUUUCAGAAAGACCGUGAAAGAAAACUGAGUACUGUGUUAGUUGUAUACUUAAAGAGUUUGAGCUGGACAGGCUUUCCUUUUUGUUUUUGUUUCAUUAACUGCGCUUUGAACUGUGAAAAUUACAGUACAAGAAAAUAAUGUGAAUUUAUUGUUGUACAAUUUUGAUCA